AUGCCUCCCAAAGAUGACAGAGGAAAAGACGUGGCUGAGAAGGGCGUGCCCCGUCUCGACAAAGUAGGAGAUAUACAUAUCAAUAACACACCGCUUGAAAUCAAAAGAAUUACAAGAAAUCUGAGGGAACAUUUCUCACAUAAUCAAGAAUGGGAAUACGAGAAGAUGAUAGCGAGAGGCCCUGGGUCUCUAUCAGUUGUCGUAAAGAGGAAGCACGGAAAUAUCGGUGGUCGCAGGCGUAGGAUAAUCGUGAAGAGAGGAACUUCUCUUGAAGGUGAUCGCGAUUUAAAAAUUGAAAUGGCUUGGUUAGAGCAAGUACGGGGCGCAGCACAUAUUGGCACCAUGAUCGCGUGUCGUGCAGACACAAAUAUUCCAGGCAGUUCUGCGAUUACCACGGGGCUUCCACUUCGGGAGCGAUUAUUUUCUAAGACUGGCAAUGUGAGAAGGGGUCUCAAGAAGUUAUUUGGCCCGAAAGAUAUUGAGGAGGAAUUAAACCUUCGCGAGAUGGCGCCUUAUCCCGUCAUAAUUUUGGAGCAUAUGGACCAGGGAUUUCUGGACGAUAUACUCCGGAGGGCUGUACAUUACAACACGUUUAUCCCAAACCGCAUUCUCUGGUCGUUUUUCUUGUGUAAAGUUAUCCCACGAGAUGGCACACCACGAAGUAGCUUGGUACACAACAUGAUGCAUACUUCAAGCUUUAUGAUUAGCAGAGAGUGGAGAUUUGACGAGCACUUGUAUCCACUAAACAGUCCACCUAUGCUGCGUUUGAUAGAAUUUGGAAGUGCGUCUGAAACUGGAGAUGACCUCGGAUAUCAGUUCAAUUUAUGGGACAUUGCGGGGGUAAUGAUGACUCUUGUGACUAGGAACGUAACCUGGGCGUUGAGCAAAACGAGCCUUUACAGAGGCAUCAGAACGGAAGCAACGCCCAUCGUUAAUGAGAACCAAGAGAACUAUCCGAUGAUAGACGAUCAGUUGAGAGAUCUUCUUGCUAGGUGCUUGGCACAAAAUGUUCAACACCGGCCGAACCUAGAAGAGCUGCUUCGAGAAGUUGAACAUGCCGUUAGAACGAAGACCAACCCAGAAGCUUUUUCGUGGAACCUGAGACCGCUGGAGACCAACGAGUCUGUCAUACAGUUCCUUGAACGCUGCUUAUAUGAUGCAGAUGUAGUUCCUGGGCAACAGCCCCCUCUUCUUGGAGAUGAGUACCUGACGCCGGCGACGAAGACCCCACGCCAAAGGGCGCGUGAAGAGCGUGAAAUCCGUGAACACCAAGCGAAGCUGGCGGCGGAAGUAGCGGCUAAUCCAUUCGGUAAUAUCUUGUAG